CCUGGCCAGAUUUACGGCAGGCCGCCUGUUCAUUGCGACAGUUGGUCGUUACCGGAAGUGUAUGGCUUGACGGUAGUUGGAUCCAUGUGCGGGGCCUGAGAGAUGGUGAAGGAAAUGGAGCCGGUGCAGGGAAAGGGGGAAGGACUGUGCAGAGAUUUACUUUCACUUGGAAUGGAAGAGGAGGAUUUGCUUCAAACUGAACAUGUCUUGACUGCCAGUGAGGAUGAGGACGGCAGUGAUGAUGAGAGGAGGCAUCAAAAACUAUUGGAGGCAAUUAGUUCCCUCGGUGGCGAGAGAAAGAAGAAAUUGGCAGAGAGGACAGAAGCCAGCUUACAAGUGUCAGAAUUCACUGUCAGUUCAGAAGGUGCUAAUGAGAAGAUUGAGCUAUCAGAUCUGCUGCGAACCAUUCGACCAUCCCUUUCAUCACUGAGUACAGUGAAAAAACAGCUCAAGACAUUUGAAAAGACAAACAAAACCUUAGAUUUACCUCUGAGCAAACAGCAAAGUGAAAAGAUUCAACGGUCUUUGGCAUAUGAGAAAACAUCAAAAGAGGUUACAAAGUGGAAUCAUACUGUGCUACAGAACCGGAAAGCGGAGCAGCUCGUCUUUCCACUAAAUGCAGAACAACUUACUGUCAAACCAGUGGAAGAAAUGAUAGCCGGCUGGAAGGCACGGACACCCUUGGAACAGGAGAUUUUCGACUUACUUCACAAGAACAAGCAGCCAGUGUCUGUUCCAGCAUUGACAGCUGCAGAACAAGCUUCUGUCCGAGCUAUGAGUCUACAAGAGGCAAAGGAACGUCGAGCUGAACUGCAGAAAGCAAGGGUACUUCAGUCAUACUAUGAAGCUAAAGCAAAAAGAUCAAAGAAAAUCAAGAGCAAAAAAUUCCACAGAGUGAUGAAGAAAAUUAAGCAGAAGGAGAUUUUGAAGCAGUUUGAAGAACUAAAAAAAACUAAGCCUGAGGAAGCUCUUGAAGAACUGAAUAAAAUGGAGCAAAGACGAAUGGAGGAACGAAUGACACUUCGACAUCAAAACAGUGGAAAGUGGGCCAAAUCUAAGGUUAUCAUGGCAAAAUAUGAUACUGAGGCCCGCAGUGCAAUUCGGAAGCAGCUGGAGCUGAAUAAAAGGCUCACAACAAAAGUGCAAGCUCCAUCAGAAAGUGAGGAUGAAGUUGAACCUGAGGUCAACAGGGAUGAGACUGUUCCAGAUUUUGUGAAUGAUGCUGAGAUGAAUACAGUAGCAAAUCCUUGGAUGCUGGGAAAAUUGAGUGCUAAUCCAAAGCGUUUUGAAGCGCGAGAAACUGAGAUUGUCGCUCCUGCAAAGAUUGAUGAGAAUGAAGGCUCAGAUGAAGAGGAGAACCUUUCUGAAGAUGAGUUAUUGCUGCAAGAGUUUGAGAAACGGCGGAGAAUUCAUAAAGAAGGUGAUGGUGAACUGGCUGGAUCAUCUGUUAUUGUGGAUGAGAGCAAAGAUGAGGAAAGUAUGAGAAAUAAUGAAGACAAGGAAAGAGGGGCAGUCCCUGGUGACCAAAGUGAGAAAGAGCAGCAUCUUGAAGACGUGAAUGAGUUUAAUCACCUUUUUGAGAAAUUGCUUGAGAACAAAUCUGAUCCUAUGUCAAGAAACCCUAAAAAGUAUCAAAGGAAAAAUAAGAAAAUGGCACUUGAGAAAAGCGAGGAGGAUGUGCAGACGCUAGAAAAACCAGAAGAACCCAUACUAGAUGAACAGUUAGAGCGCAAAAGGACAGUGGAAGAUUUGGAAACUUUGAUUCAGGAAGAAUGUCAUGAUCUUAAUGAGGCCUCAGCCUUGGAUACACCACGGAUCAGUGGAGAUGCAGUCGACUCAGAAAAUAAAACAAAUGCUACAACUGAAGGUAGAAUGAAGCAGCUCAUCAAUCCUAAGAACGUAUUGAAUGUUACAUCCAAAAGCAUUAAAAUGCCUUUGGUUCCUACAGCAGUAGAAGAGGAGAAUGAAGAAUAUGAAGACCAGCGCAUGGUCAUUCAGGAGGCCUUUGCAUCAGAUGAUGUCAUUGAUGAUUUCAUAAAAGAUAAACAGAAGCAUGUUGAUGCUAGCAAACCAAAAGACAUUGACUUAACCUUACCGGGGUGGGGUGAAUGGGGAGGACAAGGUCUCCAACCAAGUGCAAAGAAAAGAAAAAGGUUCCGCAUUAAAGCUGCUCCACCUCCACCCAGGAAGGAUCAACAUUUACCAAAUGUUAUAAUCAAUGAGAAUCGAGACAUUGGAGUUGCAGCACACCAGGUAAAUGAACUGCCUUUCCCAUACUCUCAUCAGAAUCAGUUUGAAAAGAGUAUCUGUGUCCCUAUUGGGAGUACAUGGAAUACUGAGAAAGUCAUGCAGAAGUUAACGCUGCCAAAGGUUGUGACAAAAAUGGGAACAAUAAUUGAACCAAUCUCUGAAGAUGAUUUGCUUCAAGAGAAGAAAACUAUGAAAUCAAAAGUCAAACAGAACCCUCGUAAACGCAGAAAAAUGCAGAAUAAAUCAUCUCACUGAUGAAAAGCAUUAUUGCUUAAUGUCAUUUCUAGAGUGUCCAGCUGAUGGUGAUCAUGGAUUUUUAUCAUUCCAUUACAGAGUGUAGUUAAAUCUAGCAACCGGACCAGAAUUUUGUCUUGGCAUUUCCACAAAUUGUGCUAUAGCCCUAUGGCUGUCAUCUUUAGUGGAAUGAUGAAUGAACAGAUAGAAACAUGUCAGCUCACAUCACAUCACAAUAAAAGCAGCUUUAUAAUUA